AUGGCCACCUCUCUCCGAUCAAUCAAGGCUCUUGUCCCUCUCCUGGACAGAGUGCUCGUCCAGCGUGUCAAGGCCGAGGCCAAGACCGCCAGCGGCAUCUUCCUGCCCGAGUCCAGCGUGAAGGAGCUCAACGAGGCCAAGGUCCUAGCCGUCGGCCCCGGCGGCCUGGACAAGGAGGGCAAGCGCACGCCCAUGGGCGUCGCUCCCGGCGACAAGGUCCUCAUCCCCCAGUACGGCGGUUCCCCCGUCAAGGUCGGCGAGGACGAGUACCACCUGUUCCGGGACAGCGAGAUCCUGGCCAAGAUCAACGAGUAA